CAGUGGGGACGUGGAAAUCUGUCUUGAGUCCGUAGCCGGGAACCGGUAGCCUCGUCUUCUGUUUUUACAACCGUUAUUUCUCAAGCUGAACCGAAAGGGGAACUUCUUCAGGUGCAGGCUGUGUGUGUUUGUCGCAAAUUUUAUGUGUGCGUUCAUGUGAGAAGGAGCAAAGAAAGGAAGGAUGAAACUUAAAGAGAUCAACCGCACAGCCAUCCAGAGCUGGAGUCCUGCGCAGCACCACCCCAUCUACCUUGCAACAGGAACAUCAGCCCAGCAGCUGGAUGCCUCCUUCAGCACCAAUGCCUCCCUGGAGUUUUUCGAGCUGGACCUGACUGAGCCGUCUCUGGACAUGAAGUCAUGUGGCAGCUUCUCCUCUGCUCACAGAUAUCACCAACUGGUCUGGGGUCCGUAUGGGAUGGACGGCGAAAGUCACCCGUCGGGGGUUCUUAUUGCAGGAGGCGAGAACGGCAACGUCAUCCUGUACGACCCCGCAAAGAUCAUGGCAGGAGAGAGCGAUGUGAUCAUAGCUGAGAGCGACAGGCACACAGGGCCAGUGAGAGCUCUGGACGUCAACCCGUUCCAGACAAACCUCGUUGCAUCAGGUGGGAAUGAGUCUGAAAUCUAUAUCUGGGACAUGAAUAACUUCGGCUCUCCAAUGACACCAGGAGCGAAAACGCAGCCUCUGGAGGACAUCAGCUGCGUGUCGUGGAAUAAACAGGUCCAACACAUCCUGGCCUCUGCCAGCCCGAGUGGCCGAGCCUCAGUGUGGGACCUCCGCAAGAAUGACCUAAUCAUUAAAGUCAGCGACCACAGCAACAGAAUGCACUGCUCUGGGCUGGCUUGGAACCCGGAAGUGGCCACUCAGCUGGUCCUGGCCUCGGAGGACGAUAGGAUGCCGGUCGUCCAGAUGUGGGACUUACGUUUUGCUACCUCUCCUCUCAAGAUUUUUGAGAAUCACACACGGGGGGUCCUGGCCAUCGCCUGGAGCUUGGCGGAUCCCGAGCUGCUCCUGAGCUGCGGCAAAGACAGCAAGAUCCUGUGCUGGAAUCCGAACACAGGAGAGGUGCUGUACGAGCUGCCCACCAGCAGCCAUUGGUGCUUCGACAUCCAGUGGUGCCCCAGGAACCCCGCGGUGCUGUCGACCGCAGGCUUUGACGGACACAUCGACAUCUAUUCCAUCAUGGGAGGCAGCAACCAGGCGCAGAGCCAGAGACACGCUGACCAGAUCAGCAACUCUUUUGGGAACAUGGAUCCUUUUGGAACAGGUCAAACUUUACCCCCGCUGCAGCUGCCCCAGACUGCCGCCCCUCCAGCAACAGUCACCCCCCUGAAGAAGCCCCCCAAGUGGAUCCGCAGACCCGUAGGAGCCUCGUUUGCCUUUGGUGGGAAGCUGGUUUCUCUGGAGAACACAAAGCCGAACCCUCAGCAGCCUCAGCAGCCCACGGCACCCAUUGUACAUAUCAGCCAGGUUGUUACAGAAACGGCCUUUUUGAAGCGCUCCGAUCAGCUGCAGGCCACUCUGAGUGCAGGCAGCUUUGUGGAUUUCUGCCAGGAGAAGAUCGAUGCAUCUGAAGACAAGUUCAAAAAGACUGUCUGGUCUUUCCUCAAGGCUAAUUUUGAAAGUGACGUCCGCAGCAAGUACCUGGAACUUCUGGGCUAUAACAAAGAGGAGCUGGCCUUAAAGAUUUCAGCAGCACUGGAGGAAAAUCCUGCUGACCCUCCACAGGUGGAGGUGCCCGCUCCAGCCAGCCUCCAGCCUUUACCAGACCUCAGCCUCGCGCCGCCUGCCGACACUCCCGAGGCAGCGUUCGACAUGAUUGCUGCAGCGAACCUUCAGCCGGAACCCACACCGGAGCUAGACUCCACUCCAGACCCAGAGACAGAAGAGCCUGCAGCAGCAGAUCCAGACGACAAACCAGAAGAAAAGGUGGACCUGGAUCUCCCAGGGGAGCAGGAGGAGGAGAUCCCCCUGGAGGAGGAGACGGUGGCACCAGUGGAGGAGGAGCCCAGUCCUGCUGAGGCCUCAGCUCCAGUUGAGGAGCCCGCUGAGGCUCCAGCUCCAGCUCAAACAAGAGGAGUCAGUCUCAGCAUCAGUCAAGACGUGGACGGGCUCAUCACACAGGCCCUGCUCACCGGAGACUUUGAGGGAGCUGUGGAGCUGUGUCUCCAUGACAACCGAAUGGCAGACAGCAUAAUCCUGGCCAUCGCCGGAGGGGCCGAGCUCUUAGAGAAAACCCAGAAGAAGUAUUUCACAAAAACGCACAGCAAAAUCACCAAGCUGAUCAGUGCCGUGGUGAUGAAAGACUGGCACGACAUCCUAAAGACGUGUGACCUGCAGAACUGGAAGGAGGCUCUGGCUGCUGUCAUGACCUACGCUCAGCCCGAGGAGUUCUCCUCCCUCUGUGACCUUCUCGGGGGCAGACUGGAGGCAGCAGAGGACACUGAACUGCAGGCGCAGGCCUGCCUGUGCUACAUCUGUGCCGGAAACGUGGAGAAACUUGUGUCUUGCUGGACCAGAGCGCAGGACGGAGCCUGUCCGCUCUCUCUCCAGGACCUGGUGGAGAAGGUGGUGGUGCUGCGACGUGCAGUCGAGCAGACCCAGCACUCUGGACCCGCUGCUAUCGGCAUCCUGCUGGCUGAGAAGAUGAGCCAGUAUGCCAACCUGCUGGCCUCACAGGGCAGUCUGUCCACUGCCAUCACCUACCUGCCCGACAACACCAACCAGGUUGCCGUACAGCAGCUUCGGGACCGUCUCAGUCGGGCUUUGGGGCAGCAGGCGGUGGCUCCCGCAGCUCCGCUACAGACCCAUAGAGCUCAGCCUCAGCUGCCCGCCCCGACUCAGGCUCCGCCCCGGCAUCAGUUCGCCCCGAUCCAGCCCGCUGUGGUGCCUCAGCCCCCCGCAGCCGCUCCGGUCGCCAUGCCCACACCUGCUGCCUCCGCCCCACCUCAACCACAGUAUUACCAGCCAGUGAGGGCUGCCUCCACUGUCACCUCCUGGAGUAACCAAACUCCCACAGCCCUCCCCAAUGUCCCUCCUCCUCUCCAAGUAGGCAGCGCCUCAGACCAGCAGCAGGUGGAGCCUUCAAACCCAAUGUACGGGAUGCCACCCGCCGGCCCGGCUGCCGCACCUCCGAACUCCUCCACGCCCGCAUACAUGAUGUCCCAUCAGUACCAGCCUUACCCCCAGGUCAGCCAGUACCCACCUGGAGCUGGGGGGGUGUCUAUCUAUCAGCCUCUUCGGUACUCCUCUGCAGCUCCUCCUCCCGCAGAGCCUCCCGGUUUUCUCUCUCAGUACACUCAGCCCAUCUCCUCUCAGCCAGCACCUCCGGUCUAUCCCGGACAACCUCCCAGCAGCCAGUGCCCGCCCUCCUCUCCUCCCUCCCAUCCUGCUUUCUUUCCGACCCCCUCCUCCUCCUCCUUCUCCGCUCCUCCGUCCUCCGGAGCGUCUUUCCAGCAUGGCGGUCCGGGAUCUCCUGUGUCCUACGUGCCUCUUCCUCCGCCGAGCGGAGUCUCAGGGCCUCAGAAUGGCUGGAACGACCCUCCGGCCCUGAGCAGAGCCUCAAAGAAGAAGCCGGUUCGAGAGCACUACACCCCUCCUGCCCCCAUCACUGCUCCCAUCAUGGCCCCGCUGGGUGCUGACCCUCAGGCCCAGCCGGUGUCCUCUGGGGCCCCUCAGGCCAUGGUCCAGGGUCCGCACGGCGCCCAGAUCCCCUACUCAGGCAUGCACCAGCAGCAGUUCUCCCCUCCAGCCAUGAACCCUGCAAUGCCCAAGACCAGUAUGGAGGGGGCGCCAGGAGCCCCGACUGGAGAUGUGAUACAGCCUCUGCAGUCCAUCCCUGCUGAGAAGAUCAUGAAGAAGCCCAUCCCAGAUGAGCACCUGGUCCUGAAGACCACGUUUGAGGGGCUCAUCCAGAAGUGCUUGGCUGUAGCUACUGACCCCCAAACUAAGAGGAAGCUCGACGAUGCCAACAAACGUCUGGAGGCGCUCUAUGACAAACUCAGAGAGCAGACGCUCUCUCCCGCCAUUGUAGGAGGACUACAUAACAUAGCCCGGAGUAUAGAGUCCAGGUCCUACACGGAGGGCCUCAACAUCCACACCCACAUAGUCAGCAGCAGCAACUUCAGCGAGACGUCAGCGUUCAUGCCCGUACUCAAGGUGGUGCUGACACAAGCCAACAAACUCGGGGUCUGAUCGGGCAGAAAUCCAAAACUCCAAACUCCUCCGAGUCUGAGACUCGACACGUUGGAGACGGUCAGGGGUCGAGCUGGUUUCACAGGGAGCUGUAUUUGACUCUCGAUGCAAGAGAAGAAUUCUGAGAUGUAUGAAAAUCCUAAAAAUUCUUCUAUCUGCCAUUCAUGUUUUCUGACGCAACGCAAACACAAGCCAUGCUAUCAGUCGCACUCAGUGGUGAAAGUUCAGCCCUGAUUCCAAACAAGUCUGGACGCUGUGCAAAACACACAUAAAACAAUGUGAUCACCUGUUAAUCCGUUCUGACAUAAACUCAACUCAAAACAGUACAAAGACGAACAAGUUGGAGCAACUAAAGGCUGGGAACGCUCCAAAAACACCUGUUUGGAUCAUUCCACAGGUAAACGGGUUGAUUGGUAACAGGUGAUAGCAUCAUGAUUGGGUCUGAAUCAUCCUGGAAAGGAAACACAGUUUGUUUAUUCACGUUUUACAGAGUUCAGACUUCUUUGGAAUCAGGGUUGUAGAUUUAGAACAAAUGCACACGACAGAGAAAGGGCUCGAUUCAGAUUUUUGCUCAUACAGAUUAAUGUGUGAGGAUUUAAUGAAUAUGCAGCGAUCCUAUUGAAAAUCUCCAAACUGUUAAUGACAACAUAAGGAAGGCACAGUUUCAGCAUGUUGGAUAUGGAAAUAUUAAAUAAUCAAUGAAAACAAAAAUAGGAAACAGAAGAUUCAGGAAUUUUAAGGGCAUUUCUGUCUAGUUGUAUUGAUAUGAUCAAAUUAAAUGUAGUCAACAUAAAGAAUAAAGCCAGUGUCAAUGAAUUAGGUAUUAAUAGCAGCAUGCUUUUGCCUCACGACUGUGUGAUCACGCAAACAACAAUCAUUUAAGAAAUAUUAGCUUGUUCAUCUUUAUACUCUUUCAAUAUUUGUGCACUACAACACAGCUCAGAUACAUUAGAAUCCAUAAAUGUGUAGAAAUUUAUCCUCGAAGUACAAAAUCAGGCUUUAUUUUUUACAUAUAUGCAUCAUUGCCUGCAUGCAUUUUGCAGUAGACCUGCAAAUCAGGCGACAGAUAACCACAGUGAGAGAUCUAAGAGACAGAACAUGUAUUCAUUUAAAAACAGGCCGUCAGCUCGGCCGUUCAGCUGAAAACCAGUGCUCCGUCUCACAGGCAUUUCAAGCUUAAGUGCAAGUUUUUAUGUUCAUAUUUUAAACUUUCUUUCUGGCUUACUUUCACCACUGGUGUCCCUCCACACAACACAUUGGACCAAGACAUUGUCAGUGUGUGGGAUAUGUCAAUGCACAGCAAUGCAGAUCCAUUUGUUCAGGACGUUUAGUGUUGUUUCAUUUCAUUUGAUUUGUUGUAUUCUUUUUUUUUCAUUGUAAUCAUGGGGCUCAGCAGAGUGCAAUGGACUUUUAAAAAGAGACUGCUUUUAUGGAAUUUUAAAGUAUGCAUGCUCAAACAAACAAACGCUAACAGUCUUCUUUAAAGGCAUUUGAGGUCAAUUAUCUGCUAAUUAAUCAGACCUCAGAAGGAAACUGGAAGGAGACUUGUACUUGAUUUCAUUCCAACUAUGAUGAGGGCUGUAGUCUGAGUGGUCGACCUCAGUUUAUGUUGUUAAUAAAGGAAAACAAGUCUUUGUUUUAGAUUGACUACAUGCAAUAUUUUCAAUAAAUAGUAUUU